CGAACGGACAGCAGACGGUCAACACAGCUUUGCAGUCAAGAGAGAAGCGUCAGCAGCCCUUUGCCUGAGAGAUCCAAGGGAAAAGGCGCGUUUCGGGGAAGUCAAGGAAGCAGCAGGCGGCCGGGCAGGAUGAACAUCUUUCGCUUCUGUGGUGACAUGCUCCACCUGAUGAGCAUCCUCCUGCUGCUAUGGAAGCUCAAAAAGAGCAAAAGCUGCGUCGGUAAGGAGAUCCUUCUUUUAGGCACUCCACCACCAGCUGUGUGUUUGUGUAUGUGUGCCGUCUUUGCUGGUGUGUUUGUGUGGUUGGCUGGCCUGCAGGCAUCUCGUGUCGCAUGCAGGAGUGCUAUGCGAUUGUCUUUUGUCUGCGCUACCUGGAUCUUUUCUAUCAGUUCAUCUCUGUCUACAACACAGGUGCGCACAGGACGGCACGGCGGUUUCUCUCCUGUUUGGUGUGGUCCACUUGUGUGUGGGUGUGCCGCUGUUGCUCAGCGAUGAAGGUGGUGUUCAUCUCCAGCACUUUCUACCUCAUCUUUCUCAUGAGGUUCCAGCCUCCAGGUGCGUCCGUGUGGACCGAUGGAUCGACUACAAGAGAAGGGCGGGCAUGUUCGUUCACCCAUGGCCGGCCACCUUUGCCUCUGUGUGCGUGUGUAUUGUGGUGUGGGUGCAGUAAGCGCGACGUACGACAGGACAGCGGACAGUUUCCCGUACGAGCAGUAUCUGCUGGGGCCAGCGGCCGUCCUUGGGUUCAUUUCGGCAGAGGAGUGGAGCAUACCUGAGGUAGGUGUGUGCACACACAGCCGACUGUCUGUGUGGAUAGAUGUGUGUGUAUGUAUGUGUGUAUAUGUGUUGAUUGAUGUAGAUCUUUUGGACGGCGUCCAUAUGGCUAGAGAGCGUCUCCAUCCUCCCGCAGCUCAUACUGCUGCAGCAACUAAGAGAAGUGAGCGUCGAUCAUGGCAUGGCAUGGCAGCGGCAGGCAGACCAUUGGACACUAACGGGCGGCAGGCAGGCCAUUGGACACUAACUCGACCUAACUCGGGCCAUUCUGUUUAGGUCGAGAACUUGACGGCAGAGUUUGUGGCGACAAUGGGCGCGUACAGGUUCUUCUAUAUACUCAACUGGGUCAGCCAGCACGGGAGCGGCCCACGGCAGCCACGGCACAGGCAAACCGAGCGCGAUCGAUCGACCCUUUGAUUGUAUCUCUCCCCACAUCUGAUCUGCCCGACUGACUUGUCAGAUAUAUCGGUACUUCGCCGAAGGCUACGUCAACUGGAUAGGAUGGGUGAGCAACGGCGAUCGAUGGACGGAUGGACGGCACACGGAUGAAGAUCUGCGUGUGUGUGGUCGGUCAUUCAUGUGUGUGUGUGUGUGUGUGUGUGUAGCUGGGUGGGAUCGUGCAGACCGGCCUCUACGUCGACUUCUUUUACUAUUACGCCAUGAGGUGACCGACUGACUGAGAGGCACAAACAACCAGUGAAUGAUGUGCAUGUGUCUGUCGUGUCUGUCGGUGGCUGCAGUAAGUGGUACGGGCAGAAGCUGGUACUGCCCCUCGCAACGUGACGACCGACACACACGGAGACCAUCGGUCCACCCUCCCGUCCCCCCAUCCCUCCCCGCCCCUCCACUCCUGUUGCCUGCGCUGCGCGGCCAAUUCGUUCGUUCGAUCCAUGGAGCAAGCAGCCUGACUGCCUCUGCAGACAUGUACAGACAGCUGUCUUUCAAGAGCGUGGCUUGGCAUGGAUUCUGUGUGGUGCGGUGUGGUGUGCUGACUGCGUGCAUGACGGACAGAGCCGCUCAGACAGCGGCGUGGCGUGCCUCAUGUAUUUGGAUCAAAAGUGGG